AUGUCGUCGUCCGAUGGCGCCCCGGAGUCAUGGAUCUCCUCGUUUUGUCAGCUCAUGGGCCACGAGUUUUUCGCGGAGGUUUCAGAGGACUUUAUCGAAGACGACUUCAACCUGACUGGGUUGCAGUCCCAGGUGCCGAUGUACAAAGAAGCGUUGGAGAUGAUUUUGGACGUGGAACCGGAAGAGGACGAAGAUGAAGAGGAGGACGAGGACGAGGACGAAGACGAGGACGAGAUACUCGGUGAUGAAAAACCGCCCGGCUAUCGAAGAGAACGCAGGCACACGAGGGUUGCAAGCGAUUUGAGUGUGAUUGAGAGCUCGGCAGAGCUGCUCUACGGUUUGAUCCACCAACGGUACAUUACCUCACGGCCCGGCAUCCAGCAGAUGCUGGAGAAGUACGAGCUGCAGCAUUUCGGCGUCUGCCCGCGAGUGUACUGUAAUGGAUGCAGAGUGCUCCCCGUGGGCCGUUCCGACACGCCAGGCCAAGAGACCGUGAAACUCUUCUGCCCAAGUUGCCAGGAUCUUUAUACGCCCCCCAACAGCCGCUUCCACUCGGUUGAUGGUGCCUUCUUCGGCACCACAUUCGGUUGCUUAUUCUUCAUGACGUUCCCGGAUCUGGAGAUCGGACCUCGUUUCGAUGCUCCCUUAUCUACUCUCUCACCGACGCGCUCAGCCUCUUUCCCCUCGACUGCCACAACUACGACCACUACUUCAGCGGGUACGAGCAACCAGGCCACAUCUGACAUACCUCGUCCUGUGUAUCCGAUAGAGCUCAAUGGCAUGCGGACAGUCAACUUCUGCCCCGGUCUGGGAGAAGGCAGAUUGUACGAGUCGCGCAUCUACGGUUUCCGAGUUUCAGAGCGAUCGAGGUCUGGUCCACGCAUGAAGUGGUUGCGAAUGAAGCCGGCAGAUAUCCUUGAGCUGGACGAGAUGUCUUACUUCAAGACGUUACAAAAUCACGAUGAUGACGGGGACGCAGAUAUGGGAGAGGACAAGGCGCAAAAUGCUGACUCAGCUAUUGCUCAACGGAAGAAGGCUCCGAUGCGGCGGCGACGGUACAACCCAGAUCAAAUGAACAUAAACGGGGUGGAGGGGUGA